GGCGGAUGAAGAACUCGUUGAUCAGAAUAAGUAUCUUGAGGAGUCUUGCCAGCCUAAAUGUGUGAAGCCUCUGAUUGAAUAUCAGUUUGUUGCUUAGAUGUUGAAGUUGCAUGUAGAAGAGAAAAAUGGUUGUUACAAUGCACUUUCGGAACCCAAGACUUGUUCAAUACUUCGUUCGGAACUUUUCUCUGUGGUCAAUGAAGAAGGAUCCAUAUCUUGAAUCAGCUUUGUCUAAGAAUCGCCGAUGGAUAGUGAAUAAUCAAAUAAAAAACAUCAUCCUGAGGUGCCCUGAUCAAGUAGCAACAGUGAGAUUCAUUCAGAAGAAGUUCAAGACCCUUGAUCUCCAAGGAAAGGCUCUCAAUUGGCUCAAAAAGUACCCAUGCUGCUUUCAAGUCUAUUUGCAGGGUGAUAAGUAUUACUGCCAGCUAACAAAACGAAUGAUGGGUUUGGUGGAAGAGGAAGAAUCUGUUAAAGAUAUGCAGGAACCUGUGUUUGUUGAGAGAUUAGCAAAGUUACUUAUGAUGAGCUCCAAUAAAAGACUAAAUGUUGUCAAGCUUAAUGAACUAAAGCGGAACUUAGGUUUUCCGGAUGACUAUUUGAUUAGACUUGUGCCAAAGUAUUCUGAUAUGUUUCAGAUUGUUAAUUAUAGUGGGCGGCGGAGUUCCAUGGAGAUUGAGCUGGUCUCUUGGAAUCCAGAUUUAGCAGUUUCUGCUAUUGAAGCUUCAGCUCACAAGCAAGGAACUGAGCCAUGUUUUACAUGCUCAUUGCCUUCAACUUGGGUCAAGUCAUGGGAAAGAUUUCAUGAAUUUAAUGCGACUCCUUAUAUUUCACCCUACUUGGACUCCAAAGGCUUAGUGGAGGGAUCAAAGGAGAUGGAGAAGAGGACGGUGGGUUUGGUGCAUGAGUUGUUGUCAUUGACUCUAUGGAAGAAAGCAUCAAUUUCAAAGCUGGGACAUUUUCAGAGAGAAUUUGUUUUGCCAGAGAGAUUGAACGUUUUGCUGCUUAAGCACCCUGGCAUAUUCUAUGUCUCAAAUAAGUAUCAGAUCUAUACUGUCGUUCUUAGAGAAGGUUAUAAUGGGCAAGGACUGGUAGAUAAGGAUCCACUUGUUGUUGUGAAGGAAAAAUUUGGAGAACUUAUGCAGGAGGGGCUUCAUGAAUAUAACCGCAGGCGCCAUUUGGUAAAUCUAGAAAAGAAGAAAAAGAAAGGCAUGGUUUUGGGUAGACCAAAUGAAGGCAAGGACAGGAGCUCUGAGAUGUCUGACCCAGAUGAUCAGGGAGAUAGAGGAGGAUUGUUUGACCCAGAAGAAAGAAAGCGAUUCUAUAAGGUUCUCUUUGAUGAUGGUGCCCCAUAAAAGGAGGUUGAUGCGGUGGUGGUUGAAGCCUUCUGCCAGAACAAUAUCUUUAAGCAAGGAAGGACCACUUGGGCCUGACUCUGCACUGCCUCCAGUCAGCAAUCUUAGCUCCACAAAGCCAUCACUGCCCUUGGCUGUUUCACACUCCUGUCUUUACUGUGGAAAUUGGAAAUCAGAUGCCAUAGGGUCAAGCCAUCAUGGUGAAAUGGGUCAAGUGGGUAACCAGGGGCUGUCCUGGAAGCUCUGUCUUAUUACCUGGAGCAGACCUGCUCUCCGGCUUUUAGAUGGAUGGGUGACUUGCAAUUUGGACAUGGUCUCAUAGAUGAUGUAAUACGCCUGGGAAGAGGGAAGUGAAAUCCGAGAAAUCAUGAAAGUCGAGAAGAAGGGUUUGUGAUCUGCAGAGGAUGGUUCAGGCUGGGGAAAGGGAUGUGAAACUCGAGAAAUCAUGAAAGUCAAGAAGAGUUGAAAUGAGGAGUAAGCCCAAGAUGGCUGAGAGGAAAAUUUAUUUCAUCAUGUUCGGUCUACGAGCAGCAACCCGGGGAAGCAUGGUCUUCCUUAGUGGCCAUGGUAAGGGCAGAGAAGAGUUAGCUU